GCCCAUCUUGAAAUAGAUUUGUCACUGGCAUUUGUUACUUCAUCCAAACAAAUUAAACACAAAAAAAAACAAUUUUAUUUAUUCCUAAUUUCUCCCACAAGUGCAAACAAAUCUUUCAAGAUUUCUUUCCAUUUUGAUUCAUAUACUCCUACGUCCCCAGACAUGGCCGACCGACUAACUCAAUUACAGGACACAGUAAACCAGCAAGCGGAACACUUCUGCAAUGCAAUCGGUAUCAUCCAACAAACAUCGUAUCCUAGCAAAUUCCCAAUUUUCGACAGAACGGGCAAUCAAACACCCGUACAAAAUCAAACCCAAGAUGACUUUGCCCAACUCUUCGCUCAAUUAAUUUCACGCUGUGCCAAAGACAUCGAUACUCUCAUUGAGUCCCUACCCAACGAAGACAAUUCCACCGAAUUGCAGAAUCAAAGCCUCAAACGACUUGAAGUCGAAAAUCAAGAAUCAUCAGAACGUCUCGAAGAAAUCGUCCACAAAGGAGAACUGCUUCUCGAGAAAAUACAAAUUGCCUUGGAAGAUAUAGCCCAAGCCCAAUUGGACAUGCAAAUUACAUUCAAAAACAAUAAAUAAAAUUUCUAUCCAUAUUUUUACCAAGUUUGUAUGUUUUUUUUUGUUUGUUUUAUUAAAUAAAAGAGUACGAGUUUUAAAACACAA